AUGGCAAAGUCAUCAAGCAAGAGUAAAGAAAAGUUUGUUGAUGUAAAAUACGUUCCUAAUGAAGACUCCGAUGAUGAUCUUCUUGACAUGUCAUAUUUGGAUUGUGAACCAGAGACCUUCAAACCCCAGUCUAUAAUGCCUGAUGACCCCUUCCUUAACAUGUUAUGUAAGGAGAACAUCUUCAAGAACACAUAUGAGGAUAUUAGAGAAGAAAACCAACUUGAUGCGAGGCAAGAGGCAGUUAAUGAGCACAUUGGAGAAGAUAGCGAACUUGAUGUUGAUGUUGAGUACAAGGUCCAUGAUCCUACUAUUAAGUAG